AUGGCUAGCCAUUAUGAUUUAUUUAGAGAAUUCAAGACUGUUAGAGGAUCUUCUUCGGAUUAUGGUGUCAAGUUUGUGCACUUGUCUUAUACGAUGAAUGCUAAUGAAAUGGUUGUGCAAUGGCAUACUUAUGGAUAUGAUGAAAAGAUUGGGAAGCCUAUGGUGUUAAUUGGAAGAUCUGCACAAGAAUUGAAUUCUGCUCCACAAUGGUUUGGAGUUGGUGCUCAAACAUCAACCUAUGGAGAUUCUAGUGUUACUGGAUUUGAUCAUGCUGUCUUGUUGACUAAUUUAACAUUUGAUACUACUUUUUAUUAUAAGGCAGGUUUUGGAAGUGUUGUAAAUGGAGCUCCACAACUUUCAGUUUCCUCUGAGGUUCAUUCAUUUACAACAAGAAGUGCUGAUCCAGAUGAAGUCACUGUUGUCAUGUUUGGAGAUAUGGGAGUAUUCUUUUGUUAUGAAAAUAUUGACAGAAUUACAGAGCUCUCAAAGAAACAUGCCAAUGAUGGCAACUUUUUCAUUUAUCAUGUUGGAGACAUUUCUUAUGCUGAUAGUUAUCCUGGCAUUAUGUAUCAAUAUGUUUGGAACAAAUUCUUUGAACAUUGGGAAGGAGUUCAUCCAAGUGUACCAUACAUGGUAACUGUUGGUAAUCAUGAACAUGCUCCAAGAAUGGGUCCAGAAAGACACGAAUAUGAAUUCAAUUUUACUGCCUACAAUCACAAAUUCUACAUGCCAUUGAGAAAUAAUACUGACUAUGGUCAUAAUAUGUGGUAUCACUUUGACUUUGGUCCAAUUCGUUGGGUAGCAUUCGAUUCUGAAACCAACUAUCCAAAUUGCCCAUAUGAUCCAGUUUUCAAGGGUGAUCACGUUGGCUAUGUGAGAAAUGCCUUACAAACUGUCAAUAGAGAUGAAACUCCACUCAUGCUCACUGUUGGACAUAGACCAUUGUAUUGUACAGAAAAGGAAUUCUCUGAUGCCAAUGGUAAUGUGGUUGGUAGUGCCAAGCAUUUGAAGGAUGUAUUUGAGCAAGAUUGGAAAGCCAAUAAGGUAGACAUGAUGGUAUGUGGUCAUGCUCAUGUCUAUGAAAGACAAUAUCCAAUUUAUAAUGGAACAAUUGAAACUAAGAAUCCAACCAAUUAUACUGACCUAUCUGAUCCAUUGUAUCUUAUUUCAGGAGCUGGUGGCUGUUUAGGUGGAUUGGACAAAGAUCAUGAUUUCAAUCGUGGUAUUCCAUGGAGUUUCAUGUCCUACAAUAAGGAAGAAGGUUUUGGAGUUUUGAAAGUGAAAAGAGACAAGAUUAAUAGAAGACAAGUUACUGUAAAUUGGCAAUUUUUCAAUGACAAGGGUGACCUCGUCGAUCAAUUUACAUUAACCAAGACUAAAUAG